AUGUCAACAGAAGCCCAGCCGACCGAACAAACCGAUGACAACACCCCCGCCGAACCCCCGGCCUCCCCACCCCUCCCAGCCCCGCACACGGCCGUGACGCCUGGUCCCCGCGCGGCGAGGUUACAGGAGCUCUUUGCGACGAGCUUGGCGCAUACGUUGGGGAAGGUUAGCUGGGAGAACUUGGCGGCAUGCUAUCCGACAAUAGCGGCGAAUUCGCCCAAUUUGCUGAAGGGGGUGAGGAAGACGAUGGUGGAGAGGUUAGAGACUAUGUGUAAGAAAGAAUUCGAUCGCAUAAUGGAAACGAGGGGCGUCAUACCCAAACUCAACGAACUGGAAAGCCUCGUCUCCGAAGCCGUCCACCGGCGCGUAUCCUCCCCCAGCACAAGCGAACCUCCCACUCCACCCCAUCUCCUCCCCCCAACAACAGUCCUCCAAGCCCAUCUCUUCCGCCUCCUCUCCUCCUCCCAAUCCCACCUCAACGCCAAGCUCCAAAACACCCAGGCCGACAACGAACGCCUCUUCGCCGAGAUCCAGGCCCAGCGCGCCGAAAUCUCAGAGCUCGCCGCCGCUCUCGAGCGUGUAUGCGCCGACAUCGACGCCGCUAAUGAUCUGUUGAGGGAAGUGAUUGAUGAGGUGGCUGCUGAGGCGAGGGAGAGGGAGGUUGAGAUGGCGGGGGCGUAA